AUUUCUCUUCCUCUUUUUCCUCGGAGAGAAACAACAGCAGGGCGGCAGACAGGAUGAACAAGACGGGGGCGUCGGUGCGGUCCGGAGGAUUUGGAGGACCAGUGAAAGGUCCUCUCCCGCGAGGGAUGAUGUCCUCGAAGCCUGUCGGUCCUGGCUUUGGUAAGAGCCAGGUGAUGAAGCAGGAUGGCUUACUGUCGGCGCCUGUGGGCGCUGGUGUGGUGCAGAAACCGGAGGUGGGAGCCUUGACCCCUACGGGGCAAGCAGAGACAGUGGCGGAGGCUGUAGACACGUCUGGCCCGGGAGGGCCUGUUCCGCCUGCGGGCGGAGUUUCUUGUUCUGUUCCGGAGGAGGCAAGCAAGGCAGUCGAGGGGACGGACGAGAGGAAAGAUUUGGGGGCUGGAAGACCCGAGGAAGGCAGGUGUUCGGCCUGUCAGGAGAUGUCGACUUCCCUGCGGGACGUGGGGCGUGGAGUGAUGAGUAUUGGAGAGAGAGUAGGGACGCUGCAGGAGGCAGUGGGUGCCCUUGACCAGGAGCAGAAGAGCCAGGGGAUGUUGCUCGGAAGCCAGCUGGGUGGUGAGCCGGCGUGGGUCGACGGCGUCAUGAGUGCAUUGCAUGGUGUGCUGGAGGCGGUGCGAGAGUUGACGGAGGAGCAGAAGAAGGGAGCGUCUUGCGGGGCUCGGAUAGAGCAGAUGGUGCAGGUCCGGGAGGACAUGGAGACUCGACAUGAACAGCAGGUCGUUUGCCUCGAGGAGAAGCUUGCGGGGGUGCAAGCGGAGUUAGCGUCCUUCGUGCAGAAGGAGGAAGACCGGCAGCGACAGCGUGAGGAGAGACAUCGUCGCAGGCGUGACGAGCAGCGGGGCGGAAAGGAGGAUGGGAAGCGCGGUCAUGGUGCUUCCCGGUCGCAGAAGCUUGGGCUGUCUUGGGCCAAGGCUCACUAACCCUUGGGUAGGGUUUGCCAUUGCGGAUGACAACAUGGUGGAGUGGUUGUCUGGUCCGUCUUGCGUGUGCAGCAUUGUCGGCAGUGUGACGUUUUCUGUGCGCCGGUGGCGAUAAUCAGGAGGUAGAACUGUGGUGAAUGAAAUGAACAAGUAACUAGAGCUACAUGAAACCAGAUGGAAUGAG